AUGGCGGCAUCAAUGCCACAGAGAUGUGGACAGUACCUGAAACAUGAACAGAUCGGUCAGGGAACUUUUGGAGUGGUACACAAAGUGACGAAAGAAUCCGAUGUAAAUCCAGGAGGACAGGUCCAGUGUUUUGCAAUGAAAAAAGUGGCAUUCGCUGAAAAUCAGGAUAGCAGAGAGCGGGAACUGGUCAGCAGAGAGGAAGAGAUUCUAAAAUCAGUUAAACAUGACAAUGUUGUCCGAUAUGUGGAUUCCUUCCGAGAGGGAAACUGUGUGUAUCUUAUCAUGGAGUUAUGCUUAGGAGGAACUCUAUACUCGUACAUCAGAAGUCUGGAAACAAAAUUGUCGGAGGAUGAGUUUGUUAAAUUUCUCAGGCAAAUAGUCACCGGUUUGAAGUUCCUCCACCGGAAAGGAGUUCUGCAUCGAGACAUCAAAACAAAGAAUAUUUUGAUGACAAAGGACCUCAUACUGAAAAUUAGCGACUUUGGAGUGUCAAGGAUAACUGACUACGUCAAUCCGUCUAACCACUCCAUAAAGAUGGGGACACCACGGUAUAUGAGUCCGGAGGUACUGAAUGGGGAAGAGUACGGACAGAAGACAGAUAUCUGGAGUCUGGGAUGCACUGCCUAUGAAAUGGCUGAAAUGCACUUUGCAUUUUCCGCCGACAGACAGAAAGAAGCAGUUAGCGAUAUAAUGAAAUACAAACUGCCCAACUUUGACGGCAUAAACUAUUGCAGUGACAUGAUUUAUCUGAUGAAAUCCAUGUUGAACAAAAAUCCCGCGAAAAGACCCUCUGCAAAACAUUUAUUGAAAUCAUUGUCAGACCAUGAGUGCAGCACUGCCGAGGGGGAUGAUACCACGCAAUAUUAUUUAGUAGAGGCUGCAGGAAGAGCAUCAGCUCUAAAAACAUUUGAAAAACCUAGAAAAAGUCUUGAACUUGCAUCGACAGAAAUCCAAAAACUACUGGUCAUGGAACUCAACAGCAAUAAAGCUGUUGAUAUAGUCAGCAGUAUGAAGAAAUCAUUCCGCGACGGAAAGGCUAAUCAUAACAUGCUGAACACAUUAAACCAAUCUGACACCAUUUCAUUAUUGAUGCAUUUGCAGUCAAAAUAUGAAGACACCAUUAAAAGUGACAGACUGGAGAUAUUCCGGAGGCUGGGAAAGGCUUUAAUGGGAACAACACAUGCUCUGUCGGCACUUGAAGAAGCAAUGGAAAACUCUGGAUCAAACGAUGACACUGACUGA